UCCGGGCGAAAGACCCGGCAGAAUGGGCAUUGCUGAUGAUAGCAGAGGUGUAUCACAAGGUCGACCCGAAACUACAAGAGGUGGAUUAAGAGUGUACAAAAUAGUGGUAUUGGGAGACGGGGGGGUUGGGAAAUCAGCUCUAACUCUACAGUUCGUCAACCAUAGGUUUUUGGAUUAUCGCGACCCAACUAUUGAAGAUGCAUACCAACAACAAGCUGUAAUUGAUGGUGAAGCAUCACAACUGGAUAUACUGGAUACUGCGGGCCAGGUGGAGUUCACUGCUGUGAGAGAUCAGUAUAUGAGAUGUGGGGAAGGUUUUAUGAUAUGUUAUUCUGUAACUGACAGACACAGCUUCCAGGAAGCUGUUGAGUACCGAAAGUUGAUAAAUCGUGUAAGAGCCUCUGAAGAUAUUCCUCUAGUGCUUGUCGGAAAUAAAUUUGAUUUACAGCAUCAGAGGAAGGUCUCACCAGAAGAAGGCCGUGCCUUGGCAGCCCAAUUCGGGUGUCCAUUCUACGAGACAUCGGCAGCUUUACGACAUUUUGUUGAUGAUGCGUUCCAUACUUUAGCGCGUGAGAUUCGACUCAAAGAACGUGACAGACGUCAUACAACUACUAAACUGAAUAAACACAGUCGAUGGCGACGACUGCGCUCGAUACUUGCCAUCGUCUUUAGGCGUAAACGUAAUUUCUCUCAGUAAGAAAAUGGUUACACUCCCAGACAAACAGCUUUACAAUUAAAAUGGCAGAUACCAUUAGCAUUUUGUGUGUUCUUUUUAAGUCAUUUUCUUCUUCCUCCCUUUCUCUGUGAACUUAGAUUAUAGUGGAUAACUUUAAGAUCUCAUGAUUUUCGUGUCACUUUUAUGUAAU